AUGCGGGACGAGGCGACAGAUCAGCCGCAGCAGGGGAAGGGAGAAGGGGACAAAAUAAAACAGAAAGUGACCUUCGACGUGCUAAUCGUUGCAGCGAUUGCUCUUAUCGUCCGAGCACUCACUGCAGGAUACACCAUCAUAUGGUCAAGAGUGAUAAGUAGUUACAAGUCUAGCAAUGACCUUAUGUGUGAUGAAGAAGACUCGAGUUUGUGGAGUUAUUUAAGAUGUUUUUCUUCCUGGGAUGGAGAAUAUUUUUUACGGUUGUCAUUAAACGAAACAGAAUACCUGUACGAGCAGAACCAUGCAUUUUUUCCUGCACUGCCUUUAGUAGUGGGUUACUUAAAAAGACUGCUGAAGGGGCGGUUCCCCAAUAUGAGUCCCUGUUCGAUGCAUGUGUUAAUCGCCUUAAUUGUUAAUAAUUUUUUGUUCAUUUUUUCCGUUAUUGGGUUGUAUUUAUUCGUGUUUACUUGCUUCAGUGUAAAGGCAACACAUAUGAGUUUGUGUUCCUCAAAGGCGGGAGCAAAGAAGGAGACUAACAACUACAUGCAUGAUAUGAAGAGUUUAAAGGACUGCCGGCGUGUGAGUUUUUUGGCGGCCCUUCUGUUUACCUUUAACAUGGGAAACAUACACAUGAGCAGUUUUUACACCGAAGGUUUUUUUAGCUGUCUGUCCAUUUGGGGAUUCACUUUUUUGCAGUGGUCCUUGAAUGUUGCCCACAAGGGAGGUUUCAUUUUUGAAUUGUCAGCAGUUUUAUUAUUUUCGUUUGCAUCCCUCUUCAGAUCAAAUGGGAUUUUAUUUUUAAUUCCUCUUUUCGUACACAACCUGAAAACGUGUGCAUUCUGUGUGCACUGCGCAGGGGUCAUAUCUCGGGGUCGGGAAGCAAACAGAACAAACAGAGUGAAGAUGUUGAACUAUUUCUCACACAAACGAGCUUUAUUGAAAUGUGUCCUCCACUGGGGAAAGGCACUUCUCGAAGCUACACUCGUGGUACUACCACUUGUCACCUUCCAAGCUUACGCCUAUCACUUGUAUUGCGUGCAGGGACAUGAUAACCUAUGGAGAGAGGAACACAAAACAUUUUACAAUUUUGCCUUAUCGUUCUGGUCAAACCCUGUUGAGUAUGGAAGAAGGUGGAGGUGCACCUAUGCAGGACAAGACGAACUAAUGCGUAGACCAUGGUGCGAGAAAACCAUUCCAUUUAUUUACAAUUUCAUUCAGCAUAAGUAUUGGGGUGUUCAAUUUUUAAAAUUGAUCCACUCCCCCAGUGUGAAUCUGCUCUACGCAUUGCCUGUUUAUUUCGUAUCUUUUCAUGCCGUAUAUAACUUUUUUCGGCACCGGAUAUUGCACCCGGAUAAAGCUUUUUUUUUUCUGUUUACUCCCUUCCUUGGGGAGGUUCUCCACCUGGGGGUUCUAUCCUUCUACCUGUUGAUUUUUGCCCACGGAGAGGUGAGAACACGCAGCGAUGAGCGGAGCGACGAGCAAAGCGACGAGCAAAGCGACGAGCAAAGCGACAAGCGAAGCGAUCAGUGA